AUGUUGAUCUUAGCCUCUGUGAAAGAUAGCAAAUGUAUAACAGACCCUCAUCAGAGAAAGCUUUUACUCCAAGAGGAAGCCUCCAGGCAGAUGGGUGGCAGAGUGGAGCUCAGUGCAGCAGAACGUCGACUUGACUCACUCUUGCGUAAACUGAAAGAGCGGGAGAUAAUGGCUUCAUAUUUCCCUCCAGCUAUGCACUUCUUUAAAGCAAAGCCCUACAUCCAAAAGAGUCCUGUGCUACUUGUACAUGGUGAUACUCUGGUACAUGUGAAUUGGCUUGUGAUGAAUGUAACGUAUCGGCCUCACUGCUACGUUUGUUUCACAUGGAUGGGACGCGUGCAGUUCAUAUUCUCAGCACAACAGCCUUUAGCACUUUUGAAUUGCUCUCAAUGGAACCUAUUGGAGAACCUGAGGGCCAAUCUCAGUGAUGUAACAACUUUUGACAAGAGUUUGAUACGGAACCUCAUGCUGUUCACUAAGGACCCUGAUGUAAAAUACCCGACUCAGGAUGAAGUGUGGAAUCAGUUUGAGCAAGUAUUUCAGUCAAUCUCAGGGCUGGUCUCAUAUGCACCUGUUUUUAAAGAGUACAUUUACCAAGGCCUCCUGCAACUCUACAAUGACAAUAUCUUGUAUUUGGAGCUGAGGACUGACCUUUCCCAGACAUAUGAACUUGAUGGCACCAUUCAUGACAGAGAAUGGAUUAUUCAAACCUACAAAAAUGUAACGGAGCAGUUCACGCUGGAGUAUCCAGAUUUCAUUGGGAUUCGAUUAAUUUAUUCUGUCGAUAGAUUACAGAACUUGUCCAUGGUCAAAAUAGCAGUAAGAGAUACUAUUGAGAUGCAAAAACGAUAUCCAGAGAUUAUCGCUGGCUUUGACCUGGUUGGGCAAGAGGAUAAAGGAAAUUCCAUCUGGUAUUUUCGAGAUGCUCUAUCAAUUCCUGCUGAAGUUAAAGCCAAACUUUCCUACUUUUUCCAUGCAGGUGAGACUGGCUUAUACGGCACAGAUGUUGACAGGAACAUUCUGGAUGCUCUGUAUUUCAACACUACGCGUAUUGGGCAUGGUUUUGCCUUGGCACACCAUCCCCUGGCUAAAGAGCUCUCCAGAAAACUGGGAGUGCCAGUGGAAGUAUGUUCUAUAUCCAACCAGGUGCUGAAGCUGGUCUCAGAUCUGCGAAAUCACCCCGCUGCAGUGUUAAUGUCAGAGGGCCAUCCCAUGGUGGUGAGCUCCGAUGAUCCGGCCUUGCUUGGCACAACUGGACUCACCUAUGAUUUCUAUGAAGUCUUUGUAGGAAUUGGAGGUCUGAGUGCCAAUGUAGGCAUGCUGAAGGAGUUGGCAAUGAAUUCAAUCAGGUACAGUUCCUUGCCAGCAGUGCUUAAGGAUAAGGCCAUGGCCUUAUGGCAGCAAAAAUGGAACAAAUUUAUAUCGAAGUAUUCACCAUAG